UUAAACGAAGUGAUUUCAUCCUUAAUUAAGAUUUUCCCUGCUGAUGCAGGUUUCACGCUAUUAACAUAAAUUUACUCAGCCCCUUUUCUUUGCAAUUGCAAGGAGUUAAGUUCAUGAAGGAAGAAAUUAUUUUAUUUCACGAGGAAAGCUGCUUUUGUGAUAAAUUAUUCAGUCGUAUACAGAGGGAGGGUCAAUCCCAGACUGUGGGCAUGGUGGUUUGGUGGCAGAUUGAACUCCACUUAGUUCAUGAAAGUCAACAGUUUAAAAUCAAAACCGAUUAGAAUCUGAUAACUCUCAGUCCACGAGCCUCUGGGUCAUCAACUUGCUCCCCAGCUUUUCGACGUGCUGAGGAAAAAAAGCCGGGAAGUGUGAAGAUCUAGCUGCUGGACAGCGAUUGGACUAGCGGGACUCCGAAAGCGAAGCCAGCACUGCAGGAUGAAGGGACCGUCCGGUCUCGGUGUGCUGACACUGUUGUACUGCUGCUUCGCCUUGACCCCGCAGGUUAAAACUGCUGAUGUAGUUACCAAGAAAGAACAAAUCAAUCGAGUUAUUGAAGAAAAUAUAAACUGUGAUCGUCAAAUAUUGAAUCAAACCGAAGGAGAUGGAUCUUGCUCUCCAGAGUGGGAUGGGAUAACAUGUUGGCCAAAAGGUAUCCCAGGAAAGUUGACUGCAGUUCAUUGCCCAAGCUACCUGCUUGACUUUAAUCAUGAUGGGUUUGCAUAUCGACACUGUGAUGAUAAUGGGAAAUGGAAGCUUGUGGAAAGCCGAAACCAAACAUGGUCAAAUUAUUCAGAGUGCCUCAUACAAACCUUCAACUGGCAAAGACAACAGGAAAUUUUUGAGCGAAUGUCAGUGAUGUACACCUUUGGAUAUGCCCUUUCACUCAGCUCACUGACAGUAGCGUUUAUGAUCAUGGGAUACUUCAAAAGACUCCAUUGCACCAGGAAUUACAUCCACAUGCACCUGUUUGCCUCCUUCAUGCUCAGAGCCAUCAGCAUUUUCAUCAAAGACCAUGCUUCCUUUUCACAUCUUGGAGAAACUGAUGACUCUCCUUCUGUGGACGAUGUAAAAGCCAUGACUAUUGUUGCUGCAACAGACAAGUCCUAUAAUGUGGGGUGCAAGAUUGUUGUCGUGUUGUUUAUCUACUUCAUCACUACGAACUACUUCUGGAUACUAGCAGAGGGUCUAUACUUGCAUUGCCUCAUACUGAUGGCCUUUUUGUCUGACAGAAAAUAUCUGUGGGGUUUCACCUUCAUUGGAUGGGGAGUUCCAUCCAUUUUUGUUGUGUCUUGGGCCAUUGUGAGAGCAAUGGUAGCUGAUAUAAGAUGUUGGGACUUAAAUGAGGAGAACUUUAAAUGGAUUUAUCAAGCACCAAUUGUUAUAACUAUUGUGAUAAACUUCUUUCUGUUUGUCAAUAUUGUUCGGAUUCUGGCGACUAAACUCCGAGAGACCAAUGCUGGGCGAUAUGAUGCAAAGAAGCAGUACAGAAAAUUAGCAAGAUCCACUCUGAUUCUCGUGUUGGUCUUUGGAGUCCAUUAUUCUGUGUUUGUUGGUUUACCACACAACUUCAGUGGAAUCGCAUGGGAAAUCAGGAUGCACUUCGAGCUUUUCUUCAACUCAUUUCAGGGGUUCUUUGUUUCCCUCAUUUAUUGUUUCUGUGCUGCAGAGGUGAGUUAUUCUUUUGCUCUGUUGGUUGGAGGGGUCACUCACAGCAAGAUUGGAUUGGUCAUCUUUUUUCUCGGAAAGAAUAUUCAUUUUCCCCAUUCAUACUUUUUCAAAGAAACCAUCAGAAUCAAGAAAAUCAACAAAAUUGCAGACGCUGGAAAUCUGGAAAGAAAGCAGAAAGUGGUAGAAGUACUCAAUGGGCCAGCAGAAUCUGAGGAAAAAAGAACAAUGUUAACAUUUCCAGGACUUGUGCAGAGUCUUCAGAUUACAGCAUUCACUCUUUUGUCCCUUGCACAGGCACUGCAUGAUCAGCUGAGAGUUUCCAGCUAUUUCUGUCAAUGCCAAAGUUGAAAAUUGAUCAGCCCACAGUCACCGACAGGCCAAGUUAUUGGGGCCCCUUGAAUAAAUCAGUGAGGCUAUUUUCACACACAAAAUACUGGAGGACCUCAGCAGGUUCAGGCAGCUUCUAUGGAAAAGAAUACAGUCCAUGUUUCAGCAGGACGGCAGCUGUACUCUUUUCUAUAGAUGCUGCUGAGUUCCUCCAGCACUUUGUGUGUGUUGCUCUGAUUCCCAGCAUCUGCAGGCUGCUGUUGUUGGAGACUUUUAUCCACAGUUUAGCAGAUUUGUGAUUGUUGUUAGUAGAUUCUAAUCCAUGAUUUAUGUAAUAACAAUUUUAAAUUUGCCAGCUGCUGAGGCGGGAUCAGAAUAUCUCUGGUCUCUUAGUCCAUUUGUUGAGUUACUGGUUCAAUCAGUCAGUUGUUUCACCGCUAUAUGAAUCCGAAGGUAAGAAACCAAACUCCUUCUACUGCUUCCUUCUGCGGCAGCCUCCCAGCAUAUCUCUAUGAUGUUGCAACUACACUGGCUCCAGUGUUGUAUAGAAUAGAAACAGGCCCUUUGACCCACUGUUUCUAUGCCAGCCAUCUAUACUGAUCCUACCUGCCUGCAUUAAUUCCAUUUCUCUCUGUGCUCUGCUCAUUCAACUACCCAUCCAAAUGCCUCUCAAGAAUGUUAUUAUUAACCUUGCCACCUCCACUCUAGCCAGUUCAUUCGAUAUAAUAACUCUUUGUAUGCAAAGUCUACUCACAUCCAUUUUAAACCUCCUCCCUCUCAUCCAAUGCCUAUGCCAUUUGUGCCACAUAUGGCUGAAGUUAGGUUGAUUGUUUGCACAUUUGCAUUCUACUUACUGCUUCCAGCCAACACGAGAGUUUAUCAGUGUUUAUCAACACAAGAGUUUUCCAACAUGCGCUGUGAUGGCGCUGGGAUGUGGUCAGGCGCAUCAUAUCACUUCCAUCAAUUGGUCCAAAGACACGGAAGCAAAAUGUCAGUUCAGUGUUUGGGAUCCAGAGCUCAGAGACUUCCCUCUGCUUGUCCCUCAUCCACCCUUCACAAUCUAUUGUGUCAACCUCAACCUAUUCCACCCCCACCCCCCAUACCAUCACGGCAGUAAGCUGAAGCAGAAAUUCUGUCCAUAAUAUCAAGUGUGUACAAGGUUUUUAAUAGAACGAAAUCAUUACAACAGUGUCAGUGUACAGAUUAUAAAAGUAUUAUGGAGUUAGUGCUUGUAUGGCCGUGUUAUUAUGACAGGCUCCAAAUUAAAUUCAACAUCAAUUUGGUUUAAUAAAAUAAAAUGUUCAUUCUUUAAAGGUUCAGACAGAAAUUAAAAAGUUAUGGACAAAGUGGAACCUCUCCUUGGACUGGAACAGGAAAACAAGUUGUGCUACCAACAGAUAUUCCUCAGCGCUAACCAACCUGACCCAUAGCACUGCCAGCCAGGACCAGGUGACUGGGCAUAUGUCAUUGUUAACUUACAAAUUCUUUAAGAGUGAAAGUAAGCAGGAGAACAGUCAGUUAACUUUACCUGGGUACAUAGGAAGCAGCUCUGACCCAGAGAGCAUGCAAGCAUCCAUUCUUGAAGAACCCAAUGAAAUCGAAAGAAAACAAGAAGAUCUACUUUAUCUUAAAACAUUGUCAAAGCCAGCACAAAAAGCAAACAAUGACAAAACACAAGAUUAGAAGGAGAUGAACAUUUGCUCUGUUGAAAUUAUUGUCCAAGAACUAGAGUUCCACAUAACUCUUUCUACAGGAUUUCUUAAAAUUUCAGCAUGGCUAUUUAUUCAUAUAGUACAAUACAGCUCUGAUAAAACAAUUGGUUACUGUACAUAAUUGGUUCAAAUUUCAUGUAAUUGAUAUUUACCAUGCUGUAUCUUAUACUGGUUUAUGACUUGUGUCUCUCUUGUCCCAUUUAUUCCCUCAACAGAUUUUAAAGCAAAAGUGCGGCUUUAAUUCCAUGCUUGUUCAAAAAAUGCUGCUGAAUCCUGUUGGAAGUACAAGUAUAACUAUUGUUUCUUAAUAAAUAUUGUUUUUCUCCAUUACUUCAUAGGAAGCAAAGGAUUUAAGUGACUCUCUGUGUUUUGAGCUUCCAGCUGCAAGUCAUUUCAACUGCCCUUCCCAUUGCCACACUGAUCCACCUGUCGUCAGGUUUCUCCACCACCAGGGUGAGGGCAAACUAGAAGAACAAUAUCUCAACCCAAUGGCCUGAACACCGAAUUUUCCAGUUUUCAUAAGACCAUAUAAAUAGAAGUAGGCCAUUUAGACCGCGGAGACUGCUCCGUGUUUCAUCAUAGAGUCGUAGAGAAGUACAGCACAGAAGCAGGCCCUGCAGCCCAUCUAGUCAAUGCUGAAAACCAUUUAAACUGCUCCUCCCAUCAACCUGCACUGGAACCGUGGCCCUCCAUACCCUACCAUCCAUGUACCUCUCCGAAGUUCUCAUGAUCUUUGAAAACGAGCUCGCCUGCACCACUUGUGCUGGCAGCUCAUUCCACACUCUCACAAUCCUCUGACUGAAGAAAUUCCCCUCAUAUUCUCCUUAAACUUCUCACCUUUCACCUUCAAGCUAGGGCUGUACUCUCUGGAGAGAAGGAGAAUGAGAGGAGACAUGGUAGAGGUAUACAAGAUAUUAAGAGGAAUAGAUAGAGUGGACAGCCAGCACCUCUUCCCCAGGGCACCACUGCUCAGUACAAGAGGACAUGGCUUUAAGGUAAAGAGAGGGAAGUUCAAGGGGGAUAUUAGAGGAAGGUUUUUUACUCAGAGAGUGGUUGGUGCGUGGAAUGCAUUGCCUGAGUCAGUGGUGGAGGCAGAUACACCAGUGAAAUUUAAGAGACUACUAGACAGGUAUAUGGAGAAAUUUAAGGUGGAGGGUUAUAGGGGAAGCAGGGUUUAAGGGUCAGCACAACUUUGUGGGCUGAAGGGCCUGUACUGUGCUGUAUUGUUCUAUGUUCUAUUAACCCAUAACCUCUGGCUGUAGACCCAGCUAACUGCAGUGGAUAAAGCCUGCCUGCAUUAAACCUAUCUAUACCCUUCAUAAUUUUGUAUAUGUCUAUCUAAUCACCUUGCAAUCUCCUAUGUUCUGAGGAAUACAGUCGUAACCUAUUCAAUCUUUCCUUAUAGCUCAGGUUCUCUGGACCCAACAUCAUCCUUGUAAAUUUUCUCUGUCAAAUCUCCCCUCAAUCUUCUACAUUCUAGAGAAUUAAGUCCUAAACUAUUCAAUCUUUCCCGAUUUCUCAGGUCAUCAAGUCUCAACAACCUUGUAAAUUUUUUCUGUGCUAUUUCAAUCUUAUUUACAUCUUUCCUGUAUGUAGGUGACUAAAACUGCACACAAUACUCCAGAUUAGGCCUCACCAAUACAACUUCAGCAUAACAUCCCUUCUCCUGUACUCAAUACAUUGAUUUUUGAAGGCCAAUGUGCCAAAAGCUCUCAUUAGGACCCAUCUACAUUUGGCACCACUUUGUACAAACUAUGGGCUUGUAUUCCCAGAUCCCUUUGUGCUACCACACUCCUCAGAGCCCUGCUGUUCACUUUGUAAAACCUACCCUGGUUGGUCCUACCGAAGUGCAACACUUUGCGCUUGGCUGCAUCAAAUUCCAUCUGCCAUUUUUCAGCCCAUGUUUCCACAUGACCCAUUUCCUUCUCAGCCCCCAUGACUUUCAGGUAACUCACUCCAUGUGUUUCUUUCUCUUCCUCUAUUCCACCUGGUUAUUUCUCCCUUUGUUCACCUUUUCAACCCCUCCCCCAUCUGGUUCCAACUGCCCUUCAUUCCAUCCUUAUCCGGCUCCGUCCAUCAGCCAUCAGCCUCCGUCUCUACCACUCGUUCGCUUCUCUUUGCUGCUAUCACUCCUUUACACUCUCAGUCCAGAAAUAUUGCCUAUCCCCUUGUCUCCACUGAGUUCUUCCGGCAGCUUGCUGUUUUGCAAACAAGGGAAGAGGUGAAAAUAAUAGGGUAGGGGCCAGGAACAAAAGACUGAAUGGUACAAAAAAUGGUGGUGCCCAUUGGUACUGCAUGGAUUAAUAGCUUGGAUUUAGUGAGCACAGACUGUUGACAGCUUAAGAACAAUUGACUUAUUCUAUGUACAUCAGAACUGUUUUCUCACUCUCACACUCGCUCACUCUUUCUCUCACUCUUACACUCUCACACCAUUCCCUAUGUGCUUUUGAUGUUACUGAUUACAAUACUGUGGAGCUAUGAUUACUGUAUAUAAUGAUUUGUACACUGUAUUUUCUGACUCAUAAAUAACUGUAAAACCAACUCAUUUAUAACCUGGGGACAGUCUGUACUGUCAAACGAGCAUAUUCCAUGGUGGGGAUUGUAAUGUAGAUGUGAUUAUGAUAACGUCCAAAGCAGUUCUUCUCUGUAUGGAUGUGAUUGGCAACCAGAGUGAAGAGAGUGUAACAGUGUGUCACCUUAAAGGAUACCAGAGUGAAAAACCCUCAUCUGGAUAAGGGGGUCCAAACCUGAACAUUUAGUUUAGAAUAUUUAAUGCAAUUUACUGGAGGAAAAGAGUUAAAUAUAAGUCUACACUAUUAAAAUACUGCCAUCAAGCUGUCUCGCCAUAACAGAAUUGAAAGCAGAAAACAUGUUGAGAAGGGAAGUAAUUUGAAACAGAUGGUCCUAAUGAAUGUGAAUACUUGAUUGAUGAAAUACAUGUAAUGUUGUAAAGUAGCUGAUUCCCACUUUUGAAAAAAUAUCAUUGCUUAUAUUGCAGUCAUUUAAAAACAAAAUGUGGUGUGGUUUUGUGCUUUUUAUCUUUAUGCACCUUUCGCUUGCUCUUUAUGAAAAGCAGCAUGGAAAUUAAAUUCUGUAGUUCA